AUGAGUCAGUGUAUAAAGCCAUCAGCUUUGCAAGAGGUUAGACCUUUAGAUGUUAGGGCUGCAGAAACAUUGCAACUGAAAGAGAGACAACGAAAAAUGCCUUGGCUGUUUAUGUGGCACACUGCUUCAGACGAAAUAAAGACCUGUGAGAUUGCAGGCAGCAAAGAUCACCAAAAGAAGACAAAGACUUUGGGUGUGGAAGCAAAAAAAUAUUUCAGGAGUCUUGUGCCACCUGUUGAAUCAGCUGACAUGAAAUACUCCAACUCAAGAGACGGAAUGCUUUCUACAAAAGAAGUUAUCCAGUGGUCCCAGUCCCUAGAAAAGCUUCUGGCCACCCAGUGUGGUCAAGAGGCAUUCAGAGAAUUUUUGAAAUCAGAAUUUAGUGAUGAAAACAUUGAUUUUUGGCUGGCAUGUGAAGACUACAGGAAAGCACAGGCUGAUUGUUUAUAUGGCAAAGCAGAAAAGAUUUACCAAGAGUUUGUCAAGUCAGAUGCCAGAAAACAAAUCAACAUUGACUUUCACAUAAGAAAAUCUGUAGCUAAGAAAGUUCAAGAUCCCACACCUUCAAGUUUUGAUGAGGCUCAGAGACUUAUUUAUGUAUUGAUGGAGAGAGACUCCUAUCCAAGAUUCCUUAAAUCUCAACAUUACCAUAACCUUCUAAACAAGGUUCAAAGUAACCAUCUCAAGUGAAAACUGAGGAUCAGCUCUGAAGCUUCAAGAGUUGCUGUGCCUCAGUACACUAAGUGGGACUGUUGGAACUAAGACGGCAAGGACAUGAUGGAACACUUAAAGCAAGAGAUGCAAUCUAUCAAGUUGAAGUGUCUGGAACACCCUUUAUAAGGAGAAAGAAGAAAGAAGAAAAGGAAAGAGAGACAAGCUGCCUUGAAACUGGUCAGGUUCAUUCUACGCACACACACACACACACACACACACACACUUCUAAUAUUCUUUCAAAUCACACUGUUCAAAUGUUGUGAAAAGAAAAGCUCUGUGUUUAAUUACACAACUAUGAAGACAAGUGUUAGAUUGUUUACAUUGUGUGCAUUAUUUCCUUCUUGAGCAUUUUAUCUGGUAAAGCCAGAUGACCAGAUUCCCUUGAAAGGUAUUGGCUUGUGAGGAAUAAGGAGUGCAAUGAGUGCAAAGCUGUGCUUUCACUUUAUGCUCCAUGGCUCAGGCAAAUUGAUGCAAAUCAUGCUUGCAUAGACUCAAGAGAUAAACAUGUAUAUAUGAACAAUCCCAAAGCUGUUCUAGGCUUUACAAAUAAGUUUUGAAUUUAGCACAAAUCAUCAUCAGUUAUAAACCCAGGGAGUUUUUCAAGCAUACAGGGUGUGACUGGCUUGGGCAAUUUGUUGGGAUGCUUUGUUAAAUCUAAUUUAUAUUGACAAUACAUGACCAUAUCUAGAGGCUCAAAAGCCUAUGCUAAAAAUGUAAGUAGUCCCUUAUUCAUUGUUUCAAAAGCUUUUCUCUGAAAAAAUAAAAUCUCAUUAUCCCAAAAGAAGACAGGAAGGGGUACUGAUUUUAUAUGCUAUAAGUCAAUAAAAUACUGACUUAUAGCAUAUUGUACAUAUGUACAAGCAUAUGUACUUGUCCAAUCUGGUGUGUGGAUUGUUGAUUAUGAUGAUAAACUAUUUAAAGUCUCUUGCUCUUCCUUCUAUGGGUACUUUCUCUUUCAAGUAGAUUUGGACUUAUUAGCUCUUCCAAUAGAGGAUACCUUCAGAGCCAGAUCUGGUCUCUGUAAAGUCAGACACAUGGCCUCAUUCCCAAGAACUCUUCCAACUGACUCCCUGAAAAGCUGAUCUGUGAUUUAUUGGUUUGUUCUUCUACUAGCUGGAUUCUGAAUUCAAACAAUAUUGGACUGAUAUAUUUCCAGACAGCAUUACUGUUGUUGUUGUUGUUGUUUUGCAACUGAUUAAUGGGCAAACUAGAUAAAGUGUAUCCCAUCAGAACUUUGUCAUUCCUUUGUGUUCAGAUUUAUUUAGCCUUAUUAAAACUGUGUGGAAUAGAGGAAAAUAUAUCCAAAAUAGACUUUUAGAGAGAGAUACUACUACUACUAAUAAUAAUAAUAAUAUUUUAAUUUGUAUACCACCCUUCUCCCGAAGGACUCAGGGCGGUGAACAGGCAAGUAAAAUACAAACAGAAACAUACACAAUAUUAAAACAACCCUUAAGAAACUUAUUCAAUUAGCCAGAAAAUUUAAAAUAACAUUACACCCCAUAAAAUUACAGAAAUUUAAAACUCAUCAAAAUUCAAUUAAAAUUUAAAAUUUAAAAAUCAGGCCAGUCCAGCCAUACGAAAUAAAUAGGUUUUAAGUUCGCGGCGAAAGGUCCUAAGGUCAGGUAGUUGUCGAAGCCUGAGGGGAAGCUUGUUCCACAAGGUAGGAGCCCCCACUACUCUGUUUGCAGGAGAGAUGACAGGUGCAACAGCUUGCAACAGCUUAUUUUGAUUUUACAACUAGUGAAUUUAAAGAAGUUUAAUGGAAUGAACUCUAGAUGCCCAGAUACAUAUACAAUCAAACACACUUACUCACAGAACAUCAUAUAGCUGCAAAUAAUAUGAGAUUGUGGUUGAAGUUUUUGGAAUAAAGUUCACAUGAUUUGGGGACACUUACUUUCUUCCCCAAUUGCCUACAUUCAUCUUCCUAUAUUGUUCUGAAGAGUAUCCUUGCCUUUCAGAAGGGAUUCAGAAGGGAAGUUGCUACAAAGAGGAGAAAGAGACGGACUACCUUUAUGUGUAUGGGCUGGUAGAAACUGCCUUAAUUUAGCUCAGAUCCAAGCCAUUCUAUUUAGAUGUGUUAGCCCUUGCUCUUAAAAUAAUUAUUACUAGACCCAGUAUAUCCCAUUAAAUAUAGAUAGUAUGUAUUUUGAUAUCCAUGGUUUAUGGAGCUUAAUGUAUUGUUUGUUUCUGUAAAUAUUGAUAGACUGGAAUUUGAUUUUCUGGCAAUAUAAGCUAAUAUUUAAGUAAGUGUGUAUCAGCUUUAUGUAAGUGAUGAUAAUAUUUUGUGUAUUACAAUUUGUAAAUCGAUAAC